ACCAAGGCUCACUGUCGGCCAGUGAGGAGCCCGGGCAGGAGGAAGCUAAGCCGAGCAGCCGGCGGACGAGCAGGUUUAGUUUGGACCGCUCCGCACCUGCUGUGUUUGGCUUGUCAGAAAACAAGCCGCAACAUGUUUGGUAAAAAGAAGAGGGCACCGAUGCCCAAGGGUCAGGGCGCCGCUGCAGCCAAACAGAUGGGUCUGUUUGUAGACUUCAAUCCAGAGGAGAUGAUGAUCGGCAUGGAGGAAAACCUGGACGACCCGGAUUUGGAGGCAGAGCUUGCUGCCAUUACGGGGAAUAAAGCUGCUGCUGCCGGCGGAAGCACCAGGCAGAAAGCAAGGACACCCUUACCUAUGGAAGACAUAGCAAGAAUGGCUGAUGAGUGUAUGAGGGACGUGGAUGAAGAUGAAGAUGAGGAUGAUGACGAUGUCGAAGACGAUGACGAUUUACUGGCGGAGCUGCAGGAAGUGGUUGGUGUUGAGGAUGAUGAGGACACCUCAAAUGCCACCCCCGCAUCCUCUGUCACUGCUGAAUUGUCUCCAACAGAUACACCAGAAUCUUCACUAAUGCAGCAUCAGGAGACCAAGGUCUCCUCAGCCUCAGGCAGUCUCCAGCACACCCUGGAGGAGAGGAUUGGCAUGUACAAGACCGCCAUACAGAAUGCAAAGACUUCAGGGGAGUCUUCUAAAGCCAGGAGAUAUGAGCGGGGCCUGAAGACUCUUGAGACCAUGUUAAUUGCUGUUAAGAAAGGAAGAAAUGUCAAUGAGGCAGAGAUCCCUCCACCAGUUGCCACAGGAGCCCCAAGUGCUCCUGCUCGACCUCCACUUCCCCCACGACCCACUCCCUCAGUAGCUGCUCCACCUGAACCCACUCCUACUGAGCAGCAGGUGGAGUCGGAGGCCGAGACGAUGCCUGUGGUACCAGAGAUAGUAACGCCCGUCAGUGAGGAGGAACAGCUUUCAUCUACCACACUGCCCACUCUGAGCAGCCUCCUGUCCCCAGAAGAGGAGACAAAAGAACCCACAGGACAGUCUCAUGACAGUCAGUCAGAUGGGAGUGAGGCGACCAGGGCAAUGCUUCUGGAGAGGCAGAAGGAAUACAAGAUGGCAGCCUUGAGAGCUAAGAAGCAAGGAGACGUGGAGCAAGCCAAGUUGCAUUUUAGGACUAGCAAGAGGUUUGAUGCGGUAAUUGAGGCGUUGGAGAAGGGACAGCCAGUUGACCUGAGUGGUCUACCUCCCUCGCCAGCUCAGGGGGAAGGAACAGGCCCUGCAGCAGACAAAGAAGCUGUCUCUGGCCAAAACACACAGGUUACACAAACUGUUGCAGCAGUCCAAGCACCUGCAUCUGUCCCUGCACCUCCCAAGACUGUCCUGGAGGCCCUUGAGCAGAGGAGAGCCAAGUAUCUGGAGGCAUCUGCUCAGGCUAAAGCAGGCGGGGAUGACCGCAAGGCCCGAAUGCAUGACCGCAUUGCCAAGCAAUACCAGAGUGCCAUCCGAUCCCACAAAGCAGGCAAAGCUGUGAACUUUGAGGAGCUCCCUACUCCCCCCGGCUUUCCUCCAAUCCCUGGCCAGGAAGUUGCAGGAGCUGAGCAGGGAUUCACUGCUGUGCUGGAGGCAGCCAAUAAGCUUGCAUCUACUGACCCACCAGCGAUGGCAGAUGAAGAAGGCGAUGAAGAGAAGGAGGAGGAGGAACAGACUAAGCCUCCUGUUCCUGAUAAAACAAAGAAGCCCAUAUUAGCUGUUCCUCCCACAGCUCAGGUGCGAAAGCGAACACCGUCUCCUUCUCCUGACAGAAUCACCACCAGGGAGGGCCUCCCUCCCAAAGUACUUCAGCAGCUGGACUUCCUGGAGGGACGCAAAAAGCAGUACAUGAAGGCGGCCCUGCAGGCUAAGCAGAAGAAUGACAUGGAACAGGCCAAACAUUUCCUCCGCACCGCUAAAUGCUUCGAUCCCAUGAUUGAAGCGACACGCAACGCCAAGACUGUGGACAUUAGCAAGGUACCCUCACCCCCUGGGGAUGAAGACGAGGACUUCAUCCUGGUGCACCACAUGGAUGUGCAGAUCUCCGAGAGAGCAGAGGAAGUCUACUCACAGCUGGCCAAGAUACUCAAAGAGCAGUAUGAGAAAUGUAUGACUUACUCCAAGAAAUUUACACACCUGGGGAACAUCACAGAAACAACAAAGUUUGAGAAGAUGGCAGAAGGCUGUAAGAAGAGUCUGGAGAUUCUGAAGUUGUCUCAGGCCCAGGGUCUUGACCCCCCUAAACACCACUUUGAGGAGAGGACCUACAAUACAGUCAGAAUAUUCCCAGAUCUGAGCAGCACUGAGAUGGUGGUGGUGAUCGUGAAAGGGAUGAAUCUACCUGCUCCCAGCGGUAUCCAAACAAAUGACCUAGACGCCUAUAUCAAGUUUGACUUGCCCUAUCCCAGUACCGAGCAACCGCAGAGACAUAAAACAGCAGUCAUCAAGAACACCAACUCACCAGAUUACAACCAGAGCUUCACACUGUCCAUCAACCGCAACCACAGAGGCUUCAGGAGAGUCAUUCAGUCCAAAGGGCUCAAACUGGAGGUGCUGCACAAAGGGGGCUUCCUGCGGAGUGACAAGCCAGUGGGAAUGGCCCAUGUGAAGCUGGAGAAACUGGAGACCCAGAGUGAAGUCAGGGAAAUUGUUGAGGUAAUGGAUGGCCGCAAGCCUACGGGGGGUCGUGUGGAAGUGAGGGUCCGUCUGAGGGAGCCCCUGAGUGGUCAGGACCUGCAGACCACCACGGAGCGCUGGCUAGUCCUCGACCAGUCGAAGGUUCUGCUCUAGAUGCUGCUGGAUGGUUGAAGAUGGAUAACAAGAUGAAAGGUACUCAAUCAUGAAAACUCAGAGGAGGAGAGAAGAAGGAGGCAGGGAUUCUGAGGAGGAGAUGGGUCUGAUGUCAGGACCACCAUUACUCUGGCUGUCUGACACAGGCCAGCACAGGUCUUUUGACGUUUUAAACUUUGCACAGUGCAAGACAUGGAGCCCCCACCUCACACAGCGGCCCUGCAGGAAAGGACACACCUCAUGAGGAAAACCAAACGGCGUCUUCUCCUUUUGGUCUGGGAACACGACACGGGAUGUGCAGACUGUCUUACCAUGCAUUCACACAGCUAGCAGCAUGAACUUUGGUUUGAUUUCCUUCACCAGUAAUGUCCUACAUUUCUAUAUAUACAUACACAUAACUGCAGUAGCUAGCAGUCAGCUGUGUCACGUGAGAGUACCAUGGCGAUGUGGUUGCUUGCGGUGUGAACUGGUGAGACACGGGGAAAACUUCUGAGCAUCAGAUAAAGGCAACCCUCCCUGUGUGAUGAAAGCAAAAAUACAUGAUCCCACAUGCACUUUGUUGCCCAUCACAGUUGCUCUAAAUGUUGCCCCCCCAUAUGCGACUGCCUUCGAUCUUUUCUGAACUCGGUAGGGAAGUCCUCCCUUGUGUUGAAGUUGAAAGGGGCUCAAUGUUAAGCUAACCUGAUCCUGCUGCCCUAUAUGAUAUAAUUUAUAUCCAGGAAUGUGUCUGUUUCGUAUGUAUGCCUCCGGAUUCUAUAAUUGCAUCUAUGCACUAAUACCAAAGUAAUCACUGUUGCUGUAAAAUCCUGCAUAUUUGAAAUGCCUCUAGCUGCCAUACUUGUUCCAAUAAGCAUAAUCAGGUGAGAUAUUUGAAAGGUUCACAUUUGUUUGAGCUUUUUAGCCCCCCUCCCAUACACACACACACAAACUUCAUUUACCUUCAUUGGCAAGGGUGGUGUGCUGGGGGCGUCCGGGUAGCAUAGUGGUCUAUUCUGUUGCCUACCAACAUGGGGUAUCGUUGAUUCGAAUCCCCUUGUUACCUCUGGCUUGAUCAGGUGUUCCUACAGACACAAUUGGCCGUGUCUGCAGGUGGGAAGCCGGAUGUGGGUAUGUGUCCUGGUUGCUGCACUAGCGCCUCCUCUGGUUGGUCGGGGGGGCCUGUUCGGGAGGGAGGGGGAAUAGCGUGAUUCUCCCACGCGCUACGUCCCCCUGGUGAAACUCCUCACUGUCAGGUGAAAAGCGGCCGGCGACUCCACAUGUAUCGGAGGAGGCACGUGGUAGUCUGCAGCCCUCCCCGGAUCAGCAGAGGGGGUGGAGGAGCGACCAGAAUGGCUCAGAAAAAUAGGGUAAUUGGCCAAGUACAACCGGGGGGGGGGGGGGUGCUUAGGAAGACAUUGCAACCUUACAGCCUUUCAAAGUAAUAUUCCUUGAGGUGUCAUAUCACGUAGGCCAAGUGUCACCACUUGCACACACUUUCACCAAACUGCACAUUGUGAACACUUCUUCUACAGGUUUGGGACUGUCCUGUUGUUGUCGUCAGAACUCCGGGUUUACACUGUGUGGCGCUCAGCUGGGCCCAUGAGAACCGCAGGACUGAGCUGAAUUUGUUCUCUUUUGACGAUUUGAAUAUUUGCAGGGAAAUGAAAAAAAUUGAGGGAAUUCACUCCCCAAAAAAAGUAAGGUAUGCAUUUAGGAGGGGAAAAAAGAAAUGGCGGAAAAUGUAAACGCAGGGGACGCCACCCUUCCAUUCUACCGCUGUUUCCGUAAGAGAGUCGUUUUCAAGUGGCAGCACCUUGUUGUUGGAAUGAAGCUCCUCAGUUAAACAGGUUUUUAAGUUUUAUCCUCAGUUCGCUACCGACUGUGUGUCCAGGUCGCACCACAUGAGCCCCCUUUCCCCCCAAAGUAGCGCUGGUUCAGGCACCGGUUCCGUUCAGGACUCUGGGAACCUUGGUGUCGUGUGGCGAACGGGCCCCGCGUUUCCACCAGUUUUUAGCGGAACCGUGUACGUCAUCAACGGGGGACGGUGCGUUGCACACCGGAUGUAAACAUUAGCGACAUCCGCUGAGACCCCCUAGCUAGCAAUAAUCCGGCAGCAUGAUGUUACGUCGUCCAGCUCCAUUUGUGGGCAACUCGUUUAUCGUCUCGGUAGUCCUUAAUUGUUUUUUAACUUGUUGAUCAUUUGCUCUUGCGUUGGAGUGAACCCAUUCUUGGCCAUCUCUUCUACUAAUUCUCCAUACAGCUUACUCUUUGUCGUGCUACUUACUCUCUAGUUCCUCCCGAACCUCGGGAGAUGCCCAGAUAACAACCCAACACCGAGUUUCCUCCGUUGCCCAUCUCGCCAUUUUCUCCUCUCUCCUUCCUCUGGAAUGUCACGCGCCAAUUGACGUCGUCACGGUUCGCGCCGAAGAACCUGCUAUUUUUUUGGUGCCGGUUCGUAACCAAUUUAUUUUUGGUGGAAAUGCUCUGAACCGUUUAAAAAAAAAAGGGUUUGCGAACCGCCACCGAACCCGUUCCCUGUUGGUGGAAAAGGGGCAGUGGUGCGCCGAGGAACUAAAGGAGACACACGUCGGUCCAAACAAAAUGUCCGAACCAGGAAGCCAUAACAGACGGGCUCUGAGCCAAGUUCAUCUCACUUCCGGCUGGUGUGCCUCCAAAUCGGAAAACCGCUACUGUUACUGUGUUGUGUUACGUCAUUUCCGUGUUUGUCUCCUCGUGCGUCUGGAUUACGUUUUCACUUUCUGAUAAACCUCGUGCACCGGUGUAACCGACAAUCUUUAGGAGGAUUGAAAGGUUUGCUUUCAUUUCGUUUUGGCUAAAUUCAUUCACACCAACUCACUAAACAAUACUGUCCUCCCCCUCCCCCCAUUUCCUCAUCUCCUGUUAAACCGGGUUUUGAUGGCCCACGUGUUUACAGAGGGUUGAUGGCGGUGUACGUCUCCAAACUAAUGCGUCCUGUUUUAGAAGAAGUUAGAUUCCUUCAGUGUCUCCAGAAUGUGAGAUCCGUUUUAUUAAACUAUUUCCUACUAAUGACCCGAGUUGCCUGCUUUCCUGUUAAGACGGUACAUGACUUGUGGGGUGUCCGGGUGGCGUGGUGGUCUAUUCCGUUGCCUACCAACAUCGGGAUCGCUGGUUCGAGUCCCCGUGUUACCCCCGGCUUGGUCGGGUGUCCCUACAGACACAAUUGGCCGUGUCUGCGGGUGGGAAGCCGGAUAUGGGUAUGAGUCUCGGUCACUCCAGCACCUCCUCUGGUCGGUCGGGGCACCUGUUCAUGGGGGAGCUGGGGGGAAUAGCGUGAUCCUCCCACGUGCUACGUCCCCCUGGUGAAACUCCUCACUGUCAGGUGAAAAGAAGCAGCUGGUGAUCCACAUGUAUGGGAGGAGGCAUGUGGUAGUCUGCAGCCCUCCCCGGAUCGGCAGAGGGGGUGGAGCAGCGACCGGGACGGCAA